CGAGGCAUUAUUAUAAGAAUGUCUCAAGAUGGCGAAUUACAUGAUAUAAAGUGUGUUUCAUAUUAUCAACCGAGCGUAUAACCUUAUUUCUGUCAAAUCGUCGUUCGCUUUCUCUGGAGCGGUUGAAGAAACAUUUGUGCCAAGGCCAAAGGACUCAUACAGCUCUGCAUGUCUGACAACCCUAAAGUCAGGAAGUUUGAGUGCACGUAUACAGGAUGCUUUCGAUCCUACAAGACCUCCGGGAAUCUCAAGACCCACCUGAAAACACACCUUGGACAAUAUGAAUUCCAGUGCAGCAUUGGAGGUUGCCAGAAGUCUUUCCUAUCAUCCUACAGUCUCAAGAUUCAUGUGCGUAUGCACAGUGGAGAAAAGCCCUAUAACUGCCCUGAAGAAGGAUGUGAGCGCACUUAUUCCACACUCUACAGGCUAAACGCACAUAAAAGAAUCCACAGUGGCACCACCUUUAACUGUGAAUUCACACCUUGUGAGAAAAUCUUUACGACAAAAAGUGACCUUCGCAAACAUGAGCGGAUACACACUAAGGAGCGGCCAUACCAGUGCCGAGAGCUAGGAUGUGGCCAGGCAUUCACUGCGUCGCAUCACCUCAAAGUGCACUCCCGUAGACAUACUGGUGAGAGGCCAUACUCAUGUGAAAACGAUGGCUGCUCCAAAGCCUUCUCAACACACCAAGGGCUCAAGUCGCACUCAAAGGUGCAUGUAUUACGAACUCAAGGGAUCACAAGUGAUGGAGAUUGUGUGACUACUACUGAGACUGUCGUAAUAAGUAGUACAGGAUCGGUGGUGUCACACAACACAUACACAGAGACGUCGCCCAUGACAAAUACUAUAACGCAGCAAUUGGAAGAUGAAGACCAUUGCAGAUCGAUAAGGACUGAUGUGACAACGGAUGACCAAAAAGGUGUUGAAAAUGUCUACAACAAAGAGAGUGCUGGUAUUAGCCCCGAAACUGCUGUACUAAAUACUUCACCGAAUCACCAUGUAUCAUCUUUCAGUGUAUCAGACCGUAUUACAUCCGACAAUCGAAGAAUAGCGUUCGAUUUUUUUAGGCCAGCUAGCACUUCAACAGUGACUGCGUGUGUGCCUAGUGGUGAGAAUAUAAGUACAGAGAGAGUUGCUUUGUCAGAAAACCGAGAGUUUUUGUCGUCUUCCUACCCUUACAGUGGACGUGAUUGCCAAAUGAAUUCUCGAUACAUAGUCAAUUUAUGCCCAAAUAUGCCCGAGUCUUAUAACGUUGGUCCAGGCUCCUCUCCGUCUGUAGCUUGCGCUGCACAAUUCACAAGCCCGGGUGCUCAGUGUGGUCCUUCUCGUACUUAUAGACAGAUAAACCCUAAUCAGUAUGGCGAAGCUAUUAACUUGAACAAUGAUAAUACAAUCAGUGAUCACGAUAGUAAUGUAGAUGUGCUUUCAUGUGGUUCUCUCGGCUCACACAAUCAAAACGAGGAAAGAGUGAGCGAAGUCAUAGCGCAAAGGGCUGGAGACCCUACAUGCGGCACUGAUAGAAUCAAUUCUACUCUGGUACCGGUUUCAUAUUUGAGCUCAUCUACUUAUAAUGAUGAUACAUCUCCGAUAUCCGCUACUUAUAAGGUAAUAGAACCCAGAGACGAAAUAAGAACUAGCCCGUCACAUCUUAAUACCGUUACUGGGAGAGUUUGCUAUGCUGGUCCUGAAAAUAGAGGCUUCUCUUUGGCUGACCUCCCACCUGUUACGGGCUCCACUUUGCUCCAGUUUGCGACGCUUUCUUUAUCGGGGCUCUACAAUAAUCAGAGAUCCCCCCUAGAUGGCAGUCCAUCUUACCCUCAUCAAGAAAUUGAAAGUCCAGUCGAUGCUACAGAAGCCUCCCGCAGAUGUAUUGAUGUGCAUCCGAGAAGUGGCGUUAGCCAUCUUGCCGAAAUAAACUGUAGCUCCCUCGAACGAGAAACAGCUGAUUCAACCUUCCAGCAAAACGAUAGAGUAACUAAAAAAAGUUUAAGCUGUAGUCAGCCAAAAGAAGAUGUAUUUGGGAAGGGUCUGGUAGUCACUUCUUUGCCUGAAAGUAAUAAUUGCAGUAUAUACUUGACUGGUAUAAAUAACGUCCAUGAAUUGGUUACUCGCGAAGAUCACCUGAGUUUGGGUGGAGCACAAAACCCUGCACAGGUGUGGCCUAGUAUUGGUGGGGCAUUCAGUGUUGGUUCGCAUGUAAAUGAUAAUAUCCGUGGAGGUUCAAGUAUGGGAGUUAGUGUAGUCGAUAGCUUUAGCAUCCCAGCAGCAAAUAGCAAUAACAAUCCAAAGAGCGCAUCCAGCAUUGAGGGAGUAAAUGAGGGGUUAAGCUAUGAGGUUAACGAGUGCCCUAGGUCGUCAAGUCAGCUUGGCCCAAUGAUGAGGUCACUUAAUAGCCAUGAUCUGGAGUUUCGUGUCGGAGGGUGUUACAAGGAAUCAAAUGGAGAUGCUGUAUGUGAGAACCGGGAAGGGCCAGGCAAGAUGGGAUCAAGAUUUCCCAUGGAGCAGGAAAGAAAUCUUUGGGCAGAAUGCGCGUUUCCACUGGCCUUGACUUCGUUUGCUUCUGAGAAUGCGAGAAAUGUCCAUAGAACCUCUACAGCACCCUAUCACCCAGAUCCCAAAAGCACAAGCCAUGUGACCUCAAGUAAAAUUGUAAGCAAAACAAAUAACCUUAGUGACCGUCUAAUUGCCCAGACUUUGCAGCCCGUAUAUCUUACAAACCCUGCGAGCCUUACAAGCCCUGCGAACCUUACAAACCCUGCGAACCUUACAAGCCCGGCAAACUUUCUAGUUCCGAUUCCUACGGAUUCAACCAUAAGAGUCCCCGAAGGCCCAGGUCUGUUGUCAAAUGUGCUUUCCGAACCUGUUCCAUGUGGGAGUAACACGCCGUGGCAGUUACCUAGGUUACCUAGGCCGGAAUUUGUGUUCAGUGGUAGCGAGGUCCCUGCACUUUUACCCGUUGUCCCACCACGAAUAUCAACCGCAGCCACGUGUCUCGCGGGCUCGUUUCCCACUCCUCUAGGGCAAUCUCUGCACAAGCCAUGUGGGACGGUUACUGAAAAGCACACGAGAGAGUUAUGACGUCGCAAUCUCGAGCUUAAAGCGACUCGCCAACAUCUGCCUUAGCAUCGGUGGCGCGGCUCAAGCAUUGCGAGCUUCAUUAGGCUUGCGGAACCGUCCGCGAGCAACCAAUGAUGUCACCCGUAUAAUGAUGCCAUGAAUAUCGAUUUUCCUGUUCGAUUGCUUGAACGAAUUUGUCCUAAUUGAAGACCCUGAUUGUGAGACCGUCUUGCUGGAGAGGUAGACAUCUUGGCUUUGCUCUAUCUAGCCAAACAAUCCCAUAAUCCUUUUUACAGGCCUUUCAAAUCAAGCUCCCCACUUGUUUUGCAACUGAUGGUGCCUAUUCUGUUUUUGAAUAAACUCUACCCGCUAUAAAGCCGAGAGCACAAGAACUCAGUGUUGCCGUAGCCUGAAGCAGACUACCAUGCAUUCUAGCAUGUAUCCAAAUAAGCACGCUUUGUUGUAAGCUUUGAAUUCAGUCAUUCUUAACAAUAAAUUUAUCUAUAAAAAUCCA